GUGACAGUGGAGGAGUCGGUUGCGCUCACGUCAACAUCAGCAUUUUUCGAUUCCCUUCCAAUCGCGAUAGGCGGAUUUCGUGUCGCUGGUGCUGCUGACAUCCGACGGGUUCUCUCCUGGUGCUCAGGUGGCGCCACACUCCUAUUCGGCUCAACAAUGCCGAAAUGACCCACAUUAGGCUGCUAGCAUCGGUAAUCGGGUCUUUCGCUGAAGGCAAGGGCCUAUCCUGACCUGGGCCUGGUGCGACACCCAUUCACACAUUCCCUGCGUGGCGAGUGUUUAGCUUUCCAUCCGUGUCCUCUUGUGUGCGUGUGCUAGUGUCAUUGUGUACAUGUGUGUCCGUCUAUUACCACGGGAAGCGCGCUAGCUAGCAACAAAAAAGUGCGUAAAAUGCUGCUUUACUGCUGCUAAAUAAUGUGUUUGUUGUGAUUAAGUGUUUUACGACGACGACGACAACGAAUCUCUGGAAGAAAAUAGGUGCAAAAUUAUUCACCGACCAGUGGCCAGUGUUUUCCGUUCGAUUGUGAUGCUACCCGUUCAAAGUGAUGGUGUAAACGAAGAAAAGGAAUAAAUCCUUUAAAUUUGGUUUAUAAAAUCGAAUUUGUGCAAUACGGGGUGCGAUUUGCUCGUUUUUUUUUUUGUUUCGAACCCCUCACUCAGUUAUUCCAUUUUCCAAUCCCAGUGUGCCGUGAAUGCAGUGCGGUUUUCCAGCGUCAGUCUUCUUUGCAUUUUCCCCGAAGGGACUGGGCCGUCAAGUGCAAACGUGAUUUGUUGUUCCGUUCCGUGGGCUGUCCUGUGAGAAGAAAUUGUGCUUGCUUUCAAUAUACACACAUCUGGUUUUUGUGUGUCUGAGGGAGGGCGCAUUCGCGUGUGUGUUUGUGUAUGAGUAUUUCUCGACGCCCGAAAAUCAUUGCCUGCUGCAAUCGUGGUGCCGGCAACAAGAAGAAGAAGCAAAGCAGCCCGGCUACGGAAGUGCUAAAAAUAAAUUUCAAACCAAAGAAAACAAAAAGUCACACACAUACACGAAUUAAUUUUCCAUCCCCCCUCCCCGCCUUAAUUUUCCACCCGGCUGCAACCACCCAUCUUCGUCGGGGGAAAAACUUGCGCCACAGGAGGAAAAUUAGACAUCGCGCUACACCGUAAACCCGAAUCAUCCUCCUUCCUCCCCCCCCACUUAUGGGCGUAUGUGUGCGUUAGUGUGCGUUGAGCGUGUAGGCUAGUGUGUGCGCUCCUAUGUAAACAAGAUGCAAUCAACGAUGCUGGAAAGGAGAAAAAAGAUGCAACCGCCGACGAUGCAGCAGCAGAACCAUAAACAACCGGAACGAUCCGGACCGGGAGCCAUACGGUGCGUGAGGAGUAAAAGCGACCAACAUAGACGGUUGGGGCGGCGGAAAGUGGUCCGAAUGGUGGGUGAUGCGGGCAGCAUACUGACUUCCGCCCGCGAGCUGUUCCUUACGACUUUUGCUCUCGCGCUGCUAGCACAGCAAUGUUACGGGGCGGAUCUGGUGAUAGAAAUCCCGGGCAAUCAGGGUCUGGAUGAUUCGUUUUACCGGCUCGACUACUACCCACCGAUCGGCAAUCCGGCCGCAAACGCAACGAUCGCUUCGCGGGACGUUGGCGACGAGAUACAGUUCUCGAACGGGCUGCCCGGCACACGGUACAACUUCUGGCUGUACUACACCAACUCGACGCACAAGGAUUGGCUCACGUGGACGGUUUCGAUCACGACCGCGCCGGACCCGCCGGCCAACCUAACCGUGAUACCGCGCAGCGGCAAGAACGUCAUCAUCAACUGGAGUCCACCGCUGCAGGGCAACUAUUCGUCGUUUAAGCUGAAGAUUCUGGGGCUGUCGGAUAACUUCGCCACCAACCAGACGGUCGCGAUCGAGGACAACCAAUUCCAGUACAUGGUGCGGGACUUGACGCCCGGUGCCACGUACCAGGUGCAGGCCUACACGCUGUACGAUGGCAAAGAGUCGGUAGCGUACACGAGCCGCAACUUCACCACAAAGCGCUAUCGGCACAAAGAUCUGCUGGACAUUAAGAUUCUGCGAGAACCUAAUACGCCGGGAAAGUUUAUCGUGUGGUUCCGUAAUGAAACCACCCUGCUCGUACUGUGGCAACCGCCGUAUCCGGCCGGAAUAUACACCCACUACAAGGUAUCGAUCGAACCGCCGGAUGCACUCGGCAGCGUGCUGUACGUGCAGAAGGAAGGCGAACCACCUGGACCGGCGCAGGCAGCUUUCAAGGGGCUGGUACCGGGCAGAGCCUACAACAUAUCGGUGCAAACAAUGUCGGAAGAUGAAAUAUCGCUCCCGACCACCGCCCAGUACCGUACCGUGCCGCUGCGCCCGAUGAACGUAACGUUCGACAAAAAGUCCAUCACAGAAAACUCGUUCAAAGUGAUGUGGGAAGCGCCGAAGGGUACGAGCGAGUUCGACAAAUAUCAGGUCUCGCUAUCCACGUCUCGGCGCCAGCAGGCCGUACUGCGAAAUGACAAUGAAAAUAUGGCGUGGCUCGAGUUCAAGGAAAAUCUGGACCCGGGCAAAACGUACCAGGUGGUGGUGAAAACCGUCUCGGGCAAGGUAACGUCCUGGCCCGCGAACGGUGACGUUACGCUCAAACCGCUGCCCGUGAAGCAAUUGCUCUCGUCGACCGAUAGCAAGACCGGCAUCAUUACCAUCUCCUGGAAACCGGAUGAAGUGAGCACGCAGGACGAGUACCGCAUCAGCUACCACGAGCUGGAAACGAAUAAUGGCGAUUCGAGCACGAUGAGUACCAAUCAAACCUCGUUUGCGUUGGAAACGUUGCUUCCGGGGCGGAACUAUUCCGUAACGGUGCAGGCACUGUCGCGCAAGAUGGAAUCCAACGAGACGGUGAUCUUUGUCGUCACGCGACCCUCGUCACCGAUCAUCGAGGAUCUGAAAUCUAUACGCGAGGGGCUGAACAUUAGCUGGAAGAGCGAUGUGAACUCGAAGCAGGACAAGUACGAGGUGACCUAUACGCGGAACGAUACGAACGAUGGGAAGACUGUGCUGACCACGGAAAGUCGGCUGGUGUUUACGAAUCUCUAUCCGGGCGCUGGUUACGAGGUGAAGGUAUUUGCUGUGAGUCAUGGAUUGCGCAGCGAACCGCACUCAUACUUCCAGGCUGUUUAUCCCAACCCACCGAGAAAUAUGACGAUUGAGAAGGUAACGAGUAACUCGGUACUGGUACAUUGGAAACCCCCGGAGCGUUCAGAAUUCACCGAAUACUCGAUUCGGUACCGAACGGAAAGUGAAAAGCAAUGGAUACGGUUACCGUCCGUGAAAGCAACCGAAGCGGACGUGACUGAUAUGACGCCGGGUGAAAAGUACACCAUUCAGGUGAAUACCGUAAGCUACGGUGUGGAGAGUCCGAAUCCUCAGCAGGUCAAUCAAACGGUACGACCGAAUCCAGUCUCCAACAUUGCUCCGCUGGUGGACUCGAACAACAUUACGCUCGAGUUCCCGCGUCCGGAGGGCCGCGUUGAAACGUACAUCAUACACUGGUGGCCGACGGAGCAGCCCGAUCAAGUAUCGAUGAAGAAUUUCACCGAAACCAAUACAAUUUUACCAUAUCCAGGCACGCUGAGUGACGACGAGAAAGUGGUUGAGGAACCUCCGCUCGUGCGACUGCUUAUUGGAGAUUUGAUGUCCGGUGUGAUGUACAAUUUCAAGAUCCAGACCAUAUCCUACGGUUUGACGAGUGAUCUCACCAAGCUUCAAACGCGAACCAUGCCACUCAUUCAAUCGGAAGUGGUGAUCGUGAACAAUAUGCACACCCGUGACACGGUUACGCUCAGCUACACGCCUACACCCCAGCAGUCUUCAAAGUUCGAUCUGUAUCGCUUCUCCCUUGGAGAUCCGAGCAUUCCGGAUAAGGAGAAGCUGGCAAACGAUACCGAUCGGAAGGUAACGUUCACCGGUCUCACUCCCGGCCGGCUGUACAACAUAACGGUGUGGACCGUGAGCGGAAAGGUGUCGAGUCAACCGAUCCAGCGCCAGGAUCGUAUGUUCCCCGAUCCGAUUACGAUGCUCGAAGCAACCGGCAUCAACGAUACGUGGAUUGCGCUGAAAUGGGACAUACCGAAGGGAGAAUACACCUCCUUCGAGGUGCAGUACCUAAUGAAUGAUUCACACUACGUGCAAAACUACACCGUCAACAAUCACAUCACGAUCACCGAUCUGAAACCUCACCGUAACUACACCAUCACCGUGGUAGUCCGGUCGGGAACGGAAUCAAGCGUGCUGCGGGUCAGUUUACCCAUUUCGGCAAAUUUCCAAACCAAGGAAGCACUGCCGGGCAGGAUGGAUAAGUUUGCUCCGAUCGAUAUACAGCCGAGUGAGAUAACGUUCGAAUGGUCACUGCCACCGAACGAACAGAACGGUAUAAUACGCCAGUUUACGAUCACGUACGGGUUGGAUGGUUCGCAGCACACGCAGGUGAAGGACUUCCGACCGAAUGAGCUGCGCGGUUCGAUCAAGGGACUGCAGCCCGGCAAAUCGUACGUGUUCCGUAUCCAGGCAAAGACGGCUAUCGGCUACGGACCGGAACACAUCUGGAAGCAGAAGAUGCCAAUCCUGGCGCCACCGAAACCGGAAACGCAAGUCGUUCCGACGGAAGUGGGUAGCAGUGCAACGACGAUUGAAAUACGGUUCCGCAAGCACUACUUCAGCGAUCAGAACGGUGUCGUGACAACGUACACGAUCAUCAUUGCCGAGGAUGAUUCGAAGAAUGCGUCCGGGUUGGAGAUGCCGAGCUGGCGCGAUGUGCAGUCGUACAGUGUGUGGCCACCGUACCAGGUUAUCGAACCGUACUAUCCGUUCAAGAACAGUUCGGUGGAGGAUUUCACCAUCGGGACGGAGAACUGUGACGCGAAGAAGACGGGCUACUGCAAUGGGCCGCUAAAGUCGGGCACCACGUACAAGGUGAAGGUGCGCGCUUUUACGGCACCGGAUAAGUUCACCGACACGGCCUACAGUUAUCCUAUUCGCACAGAACUUAAAACAGCUCUUCUAUCGGUGGAUGCUCAAGACAAUACGUCGCUCAUCGUUUCGAUCACAGUGCCAUUAAUGAUCAUUGCAAUGCUGGUUGGCGUCGUGCUGUUCCUUCGCCGACGACGACACACCGGUCGCAAAACCGCCGAACAACGGACCAAUGACAAUAUGUCCCUACCGGACAGUACCAUCGAAACGAGCCGUCCAGUGUUGGUAAAGAACUUUGCCGAACACUAUCGCAUGAUGUCAGCGGAUUCUGACUUUAGAUUUAGUGAGGAGUUCGAAGAGCUUAAACAUAUUGGCCGCGACCAACCCUGCACAUUCGCGGAUCUGCCGUGCAAUAGGCCCAAGAAUCGUUUUACCAACAUUUUACCGUAUGACCAUUCCCGGUUCAAACUGCAACCGGUAGACGACGAGGAAGGCUCGGACUAUAUCAACGCUAAUUACGUGCCGGGUCAUAACUCGCCGAGAGAAUUUAUUGUGACGCAAGGUCCACUGCACUCGACGCGGGACGAUUUCUGGCGGAUGUGCUGGGAAAGCAACUCGCGUGCAAUUGUGAUGCUAACACGCACCUUCGAGAAGGGUCGCGAAAAGUGCGACCAUUACUGGCCGCACGAUACCGUACCAGUAUAUUACGGUGACAUUAAAGUGACACUGCUGAACGAUAGCCAUUACCCGGAUUGGGUCAUCACCGAGUUUAUGAUGACGAGAGGUGAACAGCAGCGCAUUAUACGCCACUUCCACUUCACCACGUGGCCCGACUUUGGUGUGCCAAAUCCUCCCCAAACGCUGGCGCGAUUCGUGCGAGCGUUCCGCGAACGUGUCGGUCCGGAUCAGCGACCGAUCGUGGUGCACUGCAGUGCCGGUGUCGGUCGGUCCGGUACCUUCAUCACGCUGGACAGAAUAUUGCAGCAAAUUCAGGUGUCCGACUACGUAGACAUCUUUGGCAUCGUCUGGGCAAUGCGGAAAGAACGUGUCUGGAUGGUACAAACGGAGCAGCAGUACAUAUGCAUUCACCAGUGUUUGCUGGUCGUGCUGGAGGGUAAGGAGGGCACGGAGCGUGAAAUUCACGACAAUCAGGGCUACGAAGAUGAAAGUAUAUUAAACCAAACGAUUUACGGUCACCUAAGCGAUUCGCAAGUCCGGUUAACCAGUGUUUGAGGGAAGUCAACCCUUUUUUUGCUGAGCAGCACCGACAAUUAUGAAUUAUGUGAUGUGAUUCUAGUACUUAUGUGAACUCGCGGGACGGAUUGUAUGAUACCGAGACGGACGAACGAACCUUUUGUUCCUUACCGGCGCUCUGAGCGUGAUGUAACAGAGGCGAGCGAUGUGCUGUUGGAUGUUCUGUUGUUUGCUAUUGAUAUUUUCUCUUUCUCUAUCCUUUUCCCUUUCUUCGUCUCUGUACUCCAACUGUGUAAAUUGUGCUUGUUGUAUAAAAAUCGGUAAUCAAAUCGUCGCACACCAAACCCAUGUUGUGCCGCACCUGGUAAUCUUCGUCGCGUCCUGCACUUCGACGAAACGUUUGUUUUUACAUACUAUUCACACGCGGACUAUCGCUCUGUCUAACCUAAUCACGGGUGCUUUUGACGGGGUUGUACUCUGGUGCUUGGAAUGGAACGUAUUAACCGUGAAAUAUCAACACACACAUACACACACUCACACGUAAAACGUUGCUGCACGUAACGAACUACUCGCCACCCUGCCUGCAAUGCGCGCAGAGCCCCGAGAUGAUGAUGAUCAGCAAUCCGAGGAGCAGUUGCUGAUAGAAAAUCGUUCGGAUGAUGAUCUGGACGAGAUGGCAGUCCAGCAGCAAGAGCAUCAUGGUGCGUCUACGGCUGCCAGUGUAGAAAAUCAUGAGCUAGAUCGGCGAAGAAGCGGAACUGGUGAGCUAAUCGGAAAUGAGUUGGCGAUGCUACAGCAGCAGCCUAAUUUCACCGCUGGCGAAACGACUGAAGAGGAGCUGCUGGAUGAUGAGGAAGAGGUAGAGGUGACGGUUGAUGGACUGAUGAUCGUGUCACGAAAGCAGUCACAUACCGGUUCUACGGGGCCGAUCCCCAACGGUGAUGGAAAGCAGCAACCGCAACAGAACUGCAGCAAUAAUGAUCAGCCAUCAUCGGGCCACGACGAACGUUCCAUCAGUAGCGGAGGAACAAACAGCAAUAACAGUGCCAACAGUGGAUACGAAUCCAGCCCUCACAAGCGCCGUUCCAUGACGGCGACGAGCCAGGAACGGAUGCACGAGCGACGAUCGCUAACCUUCUCCACCGGUGGGGGAGAAAUGCUUAGCAAAGCAGUGGACCCAUCGAACGGAGAUCCAAUGCAACAGCAGCAGCAGCAAACCCACCAAGGACCAGGAGGACAACAGCAGCAGCAAAUCCUUCCGCCCGCACAGCAGCAACACACCCAUCAGCCAACGGUCGGCGGUGGGAAGCUGUGGAAGGAAGAGAGAUGACAGUUAGAGAACGAUAGCGACAAUCGAAGCAGCGGCCGUAGCAGCAUCGUGAUCGCUAUCAACGACAACGAUAGUCAUGUAAAUAGUAAUGCGUCGAACGUCGUGAUCCUGCGCGCGGACGGUGACGACGACGAUCGUACGAUGGCGACGAAAGACGACGAGACGGAAAUCGACGACGGUAUCGACGGUUCGGACGAGGGUGACGAUGAUCUGAACGCGGUGGAGGACGGUGGCAAGAGACGGGACGUGGAGGAGGAGGAGGAGGAGGACGAGGACGAGGACGAUGAACAGACGCACGAGCAGCGCGAACUGCUGCUCCAUCGUCGGAACGAGCGUAAUGUGCGGGCCGUGGCGGCCGCCAUGGUUGCCGGGGCCGGACCAACGGGUAGCAAUAAUGGCACGGCCGGCGUUGGCCCGGUGGUGGCUGGUGGUUGUGGCGUUGGGCGCUACAAACAUCACAGCUACGUCGAGGUGGAAGAGGACGAACAGGACGACGACAUUAUCGUGAUCGUCGACGAGGACAAUGGCGGCGGCGUUACGGACGGGGACGGCGGCACAGGUGGUGGCGCAGGAUGUGCUGGUGGCAACAUUGGUAUAGUUGGCGGUGUUGGUAGUAAUGGCAUUAGCGAUGAGCUGUAUCUAAAACUGAGAGAAAUGGACGACGAAGGAAUCGCCGAGUCCGGAAUGUAAGCGGCGUGCGGAUGAGGAAUAGAUCAUCUCCCAAAACCCAACGGCAGCCAUGUAUUUCCUCGCCGCAAAGGGGCAUAUAAAAUGGGCGGCCAUCGACAAAUAGGGGGCAGCUAAGCGUUGUUAGCUUAUUUUUUUUCUUGGGUGUGGAUAAACAAAUCGAUCUACUUAAUCGUUCCCGAAAACCCGGACAGACGAAACCCGUCGCGAUAGCUUCAAUCUGUCUAGUAUAAAUGGGCUAAAUGGCAGCUUGGUCUACUAGGUAACGACGAGAGCGCAAUCUCAACGUUCGAUAUCGUGCUUAAGGUACCCAACGUAACGCAAAAUUGUCUCGUAACGCUCCGAUAUAUACUACUGCUGAUGGUGGCAAGAAAGAAAAAAAAAAUGGCGGCCAUAGAGAGACCCCAUCAAACUGCAUCCGGUGCUGUAGUGUGCUGUAGUGUGUAACUGUGUAUAGUAAAUGGCAAUUUUAAAAGCAAAACAAACUCAACCACCUUCAAAGCGAAAGUGCGAAAACAGCCGGUUCCCAUUUUCAAAAUUUUUCCGUAAAUCGAAUUAGUGUACGCGAGCCAAUCUCAUGCGAUGAUACUAUGAUUCUCGUAGGUAGCAGUUAGUUCACGAGAGAGAGAGAGUGAGAGAAAGCGUUGCAUGUAAAGCUUUUAUCCCAUCGCUUGUUAAAGUCCAUCUCCCGGGGUCGGAUCAAAAUCGGUACGCAAUAAUACGUAGUUAGCCGUUUCGGGAAACCUCCCCUUUCGUUAUUUUUAAAGCUCCCCUACCCCAGUGGACAAAGCGGCAAUUAUCCGGGACGGUAUACAUACAUAACUAUCAUAUCGAACAAUCGGCGGCGGUAUUCCUUUUUUGGUGUUGUUCCAUAGGAUCGAAAAAUUAUAAACAAAACUCCCUUUUAAAAACAAAAUCGAACAGCUACUACUUAGCAGGUGUAAUACUAAAGUGCUUGACAGCAAGCGAUAAAACCUUACUCCAUAAUCAAAACCUUACGAAAUUAUACUAAGCGUAACCCUAGACAGACAGAGCGGGGUUUGAAGUACACGAAGAAGUAAGACGAAGAGAAAAGCGGGAGAGAACGAAACUUAGAAUCUUAGACAAAAAAGGAUGUGAAAGCUUCCUUUGCAAACCUGGGAAGAUCUGAUUGUAGAAAAAAACUUUUGGUUUUACUAUUUGUAGCAGCAGCUAUUAUGUGUAUGUAAAGCUGAUCGAGCGGAGGUGGACGAUCCGGACAAAAAACGUGUCAAAAACAAUUAUGUAGCUGUAUAUUAUGUAGCUGCGCAGUAAAAGAAACAUGGCCAACGGGUGAAAGUAUUUAAUAGCGAGUAAAGAUGGCGAUGGCAAUACCAGCACACGAUACGCAUGAUAAUAGAGAGAAGCAAAGCCAGACCCAGCUGACCAACUUCACACAAUAUUUACGUAAAGGACGACAUUUGUGACGGGAAGACGAGAAAGGAUGGAGAGAGAGAGAGAUGCAUAACGGUUAAGGUAUUGUUUUCGUUUUAUACAUGUAUGUGUUUUUUUUUGUAUUUGUUUCCAAUUUUAAUCCGAUUCCUUCACCCUCUCCCCCGUUGUAUAUAUUAGUAAGAUCAGUAGCAAAACAAAACAAAUACACACACACUCAUUGCAAUCAUUUUUAUUACGAAAGUGCUCUAGGUUCUAGCUGUUUAAUAGGAUGGAGAAAUAUGUGUUGUGUAGUCGGUUGGGGCGCAGCAAUCGCAAUUGUACAGUAGUCGGAAGUUACGGGUUGAAUUACGUGUUCAGGUGCAACGACAGGGAUGAUUUCCUUUUACGACCGAUCACCACAAAAUCACACUCACCGAUCACACACCUGUAGUAGAACAACACAUCGAUCAGCACACACACACACGCAAACACCCACCUACCAAUACAUACAAAAACCUCAUAGAAAGGGACUAAAAAGCAGAACUAUGCUGCUAGCUGUUGCAUGGCACACGAGGACCACACUACCAGGAACUAGGUUUUAUACUAGGAUUUCCAUUUUUUUUAUACCACAAACACUGCCUGUUUUGAAGGCCUCGGAACCAAAAUCCGUUUUUUUUACAGUAGUCCCCACUUGGCAACAGCUCUUGUUUUGUCCUUUUUAGGAAUGUGUUAGGUUUACAGUGGCAGCUUUAAGAAACAAAAACCAAUACAAUACUUAUACACAAAACCUUUCCUCACCAACACUUUACAAAGCGAGAAACGAUCGAAACGACUCCCCUCCGUACGUAGAAGCCGUAAUUCAACCUACCGAUGAUAAUUACAGUAAGUGCAUCCGAUGCACUUGUUGCGGUGCGAGAAAAGGCAGGCGUUAAUCAGGCAAUAAUGCAUAUAUACAUUAAUACUACCCUUCCCGUGAAAUUGGUAUUGAUGCUUCCCCGAUCCUUCGAAGUACGUUUUACAAGUUUUUUAAGCUGCGGUCGGUGUUCCUUACAGAGGAGCACAAGCAAACACAGCAGCAAACAACAACAAAUCGUCAUAUCAAUUACUCCAAGCGAAAAGAAUGCGAAACAACAACAAAAAAAAGACAACAGAAUGAUCAACAUGAACCAAUUA